AUAGAGAUUGGAAAGAGAUGUGCAUAUCUAAAAUAGUUGUUCAGAGUUAGCUCAGACAAACAAUGAUCCAUAGCUUAGACAGUGACAUGAAAAAUAACCUACCAUCAUCAUCAUCUCCUCUCUUCACGAGAUUAAAUAAUUAUUUAUUUUAGCUUUUUUCUAUUAUUAUUAUUUUUUCUUUUACCACAAAGCAAAUGAUGCCUUUUCUCUGUCUGUGUCUGUGCCACCAGUUCACUAGCUAGGUUCAGCAUAUAAUUAUUAGUCGUGUCCCGAGCUAGGAUUUUUUGUUUUUGCAUUUCUUUGGCUCUCCAAAGGUGCAAAAAGUAGCCAUCACGAAACCAAGCUAAUAAAUAUAUAGCUACGGUUUGUUAACAAACAAACAAACCGAGACAUUAGAAUAUCGUAUCUUUGCUUUUCCUUCUCUUUCUCUUUUUUCCUCCAACUUGGAGUUUUUCUCUCUUCAAAGGCAAUGUUCCCUGCAGUUAUGUCCAAUUCCAAUUCCUGGUCCGAAGAGGCCACUGUCUCCUGUGGUACAAGAAUCACUGGACUCAAUCACGUUGUCACAACAACCAUUUCUCCACAACAACCUCAAAAGAUCAAGAAAAAGAGAAACCUCCCUGGAAACCCUGACCCAGAUGCUGAAGUGAUUGCUUUGUCACCGAAGACUCUUCUAGCUACCAAUAGAUUUGUGUGUGAGAUCUGCAACAAGGGUUUCCAGAGAGAUCAGAACCUUCAGCUUCAUAGGAGAGGGCAUAACCUCCCAUGGAAGCUGAAGCAAAGGAGCAACAAAGACGUGAAAAAGAAGGCAUAUGUUUGCCCUGAGCCUUCAUGCGUUCACCACAACCCUUCAAGGGCUUUGGGGGACCUCACAGGAAUUAAGAAACACUAUUGCAGAAAACAUGGAGAGAAGAAGUGGAAAUGUGAAAAGUGCUCAAAGAUCUAUGCUGUUCAGUCAGAUUGGAAAGCUCACUCCAAAACCUGUGGUACUAGAGAAUAUAGAUGUGAUUGUGGAACCCUUUUUUCCAGGAAGGACAGCUUCAUAACUCACAGAGCAUUCUGUGAUGCAUUGGCUGAAGAAAGUGCAAGACUCUCAGCAAACCAAUUAGCCACCAACACCACCACAAAUCCAUUAGUUCACUCCCUCUUCCUUCUCCCAACCCAACAACGCAACAACAAUAACAACAUCAACUUCAUCAAUCCCUGGGACCCAAACCCUAACCCUAGCAACCUCACCACUCUCCACAAUAACAACAUCAAACCUGAAUCUCACAACUUCCACAUCCCCAACACCAGCACCAACAACAACAACAACAUUUCCUCUUCAUUACUUCAUCAUCAUCAGCAACCCAACAAGAGAAUAAUAACCUCACCCUACCGUGACCUCCACGUGAGAACACAACCCCACUCCAACGCUGCCACGUCAGCACACCUCUCAGCCACUGCGCUGCUGCAGAAGGCCGCGACCGUCGGUGCCGCCGCCAUCACGGGCCCCACUCUCAUGACUCAGCUCAGCAUGGCGGAGUUAGGAGCCGUGUCAACUCAGCUCGACUCGGUGCCGAUGACGGUGCCGCUGCCGCCCGAUCAACGCUACAUGAACAUGAGAGGCCUCAAGAAUAAUAACAAUGACGGUCUCACGAGGGACUUUCUCGGUCUCACCAACGGCAGCGCGGUGGACGUUAGCAUCGACGUCAAGGAUAUGCUAACGUUCACCGCGGGGAGCAUAGAGUACAACCAUCGCCACCAGCAACAACAAUCCUACGAGCACCAUCACAGUCAUAAUAACUUGCUUUUCAAGCCCCAACAAGGUUUUGGAUUCCUUGGGACAACCACUGGCCCCGAAUCCUGGGGAAAUUGUGAGUAAAUACCCUUUUUUGUCUAUCAAUUUGUAAGCAUCGAUCACUCCAAAAUUUACAAUAUAUUUACCGUAAUCCUUAAUUUUGCAAGAGUUCAUUUUUUUAAGAAUAAGAAAUGUUAGUAGCACAUUCUUUUAACACACUUUUUUAAAAUACAAUUAGAAAUUACAUAUUUGAAGAAAGUGUGUUAAAAAAUAUGUUUCUAACACUUUGAUGAUAAAAUAGGUUUGUGUUGAAAAUGGCCUUGAAAAUAUUAAGGAUUAAAGUAAAACAUUUGUAAUUGAAGUUACUAAAGUGAUUGAUACUUACAUUUUGAAGGAUCAAUAUGUUGGGUGGGAUUACUAGAAAAUUGUUAACUCAAAGAAGACAGUGAUUCCAAAACUAAGAGGGAAGAAUGGGAAACUCAAUUUGCCUCAUCUCGUACCCUUGCACGAACUUGUAUUUUUAUUUUACUCCUUUAGAUUACUACAAUGCUUUGUUUGAGCCUAGCUCGUUGAUGAAUUAAUCAUUAAAACGUGUUUUAGUUUUGUCACGAUUUUCUUUUUCCUCUGUAAGUCCUUGUGUCAUUGUUGUCUUAACGUACAACUCUUGUUUCUUUUUAGUUUCUGUUAUAAAAGUAUACGUACAUUAAAUGCUAAUUAA